CACAUCGUUCCUCCUUCACUGCUAUUCUCUGGAUUCAGUGAGGAAAGGCAUCUUUCAACACAUGGUUCCUCCUUCACUUCUCACAGAGAUGAGAGGAGCAGCUAUGAGUUUAACUGCAGCAGCGAGUGGAUUAGUUGUCUUCCUGCUCUCUGUGUCAGUGGUUCAGGGUCAGGAUGGCUGGGGAGUGACUUACUCUUCUACUAAGAUCUGUGCAGUAAAAGGUUCAUCAGUGGAAAUAAACUGCUCCUACACAUAUCCACCCAUAUGGAAAGGAAGUGAUACCACAGUGGAGAAAACGUUCUGGUUUACUCAGAAGAAAGAUGGUGAACUUGUAGACCUGACAACAGCCUCAGAGUAUGCAGGUCGUGUAGAAGAUCUCUGUGAAAACAACAUCUGCACUCUGAGAAUCAAAAACCUGAGAGAGAGCGACUCAGCUGAGUACAGGUUCAGGAUCGAAACAAACCUAGUCAUAUAUGCCGGUGAACCUGGAGUCACUUUGUCUGUCAAAGGUCUCACGGUGCAGGUGGAACCCAAAUAUACUGACCAGGUAGAGAUGGACUGUCAGAACCAGUGUCUUGUACCUGUAAAUACUUCCUACAUCUGGUACAAAAACGGACAGAUAACUCCGGAGUCAAUAUAUUCUACUGGUUUAUUCACACUUGGUUCUGCAGACAGAUAUUCCUGUGCUAUUAAAGGAAAUGAAGACUUCCCCUCUCCUCCAGUGUAUGCUCCAAAGCUCCCCUCUGUGUCAGUGAGUCCCUCUGCUGAGAUAGAGGAGGGCAGUUCAGUGACUCUGACCUGUAGCAGUGAUGCUAACCCAGCAGCUAACUACACCUGGUACAAGGAGGAUGAAGACUCUCCAAAAGCUUCAGGACAGAUCUUCAACAUCACUGACUUCAGAGCUGAACACAGUGGGAGUUAUUCCUGUGAAGCCCAGAACAAGUUAGGACGUAGUAACUCCAACUUACAUCUGAGUGUUGUGGCAGGGAGUUCAACAAUGAUAGUGAAUAUCAUCAGGACGACUCUGGUGGUCUUGAUGCUGAUCUCUGUGUUUCUCCUGAUUCUGUGGAUGAGGAAGAAGAAAGCUCUGCGCUCCACCACUGAAGCACAUGAACCCGAAGAUAUAGAGUUGGACUCUAUCCCUGAGUAUGAGAACGACUCACACACUGCAGCACAGACAGAAGACACAGAGGAGCAGGAAGACAUGGUGUGAAGUCCAGUCAGACGCUCACCUGACGGAAACAAAGAAGAAGGACGUUGAAAUAUCCCUUUGGAGAGCGAGGCUGUGCAGGAUGUGUGCAAAGUGGAUAUAUUCAGCUUGAUUUGCAAACUUGUAUUGUCAGUUUUCAGUAGCAGCAGCUUGUAGGUUUAGAAGAAUGAGCUGCUGGCAGCUUGAAGUGAAUCAUGACGAGGUGUCAAACAUGAUUUAUCGUUAAGACCAGCCGAUGGUCAGGUGCUCUAUAUUACUGCUUCAACUAUGUAUACAUGCUUAUUUGUUAUAUGCAGAUUUGUUGAUAUUACAAAAGUCUCGUCAAAUUGUUUUUUUUAAUUCCACAUAAUAAAUAACUUUUGA